GAAUGUGGAUUUUAUGGAAUGUAUGAUAAAAUCCUGCUAUUUCGACAUGAACCUAAUUCAGAAAACAUCCUACAGUUGGUGAAGGCUGCGACAGAUAUUCAAGAGGGAGAUUUGAUUGAAGUUGUCCUGUCAGCUGCUGCCACAUUUGAAGAUUUCCAGAUUCGACCACACGCCUUGUUUGUCCAUUCGUACAGGGCUCCUGCAUUCUGUGAUCACUGUGGAGAGAUGCUGUGGGGAUUAGUGCGGCAGGGACUCAAAUGUGAAGGAUGUGGUCUCAACUACCACAAAAGAUGUGCAUUCAAAAUCCCGAACAAUUGCAGUGGUGUGAGGAAGAGACGCCUUUCCAAUGUUUCACUGACAGGGCUCAGCACUUCACGGUCCGUCUCUAAUGACCUGACGCCAACUGCACCAGAUGAGAUGUUGCUGCAGAAGACACCAUCUGAAUCUUUCAUUGGAAGAGAGAAACGCUCAAAUUCACAGUCGUACAUUGGUCGCCCCAUUCAAGUGGAUAAGAUUUUCCUUUCCAAAGUUAAAGUGCCUCACACAUUUGUAAUUCAUUCCUACACUCGUCCCACUGUUUGUCAGUACUGUAAGAAACUGUUAAGAGGCCUUUUUAGACAGGGCGUGCAGUGUAAAGAUUGCAAGUUUAACUGUCACAAACGUUGUGCCCCAAAAGUGCCAAAUAAUUGCCUUGGUGAAGUGACUAUUAACGGAGAUUUGCUUAGUCCUGGAGCAGAAUCAGAUGUAGUAAUGGAAGAAGGAAAUGAUGACAAUGACAGUGAAAAGAACAGUGGAUUUAUCAGUGACAUGGAAGAGUCAAUAUCUCACGACUCUGAACUAUUAAUCCCAGAGAGUCAUGGUGACAACGGUGAUAUGCAGGACCAUGAACAGGAUGAUGCAAACCGCACAAUAAGCCCUUCUACAAGUAAUAACAUUCCUUUGAUGAGAGUGGUCCAAUCUAUUAAACACACAAAGAGGAGGAGUAGCACUGUGCUGAAGGAAGGCUGGAUGGUCCACUUCACCAACAAGGAUACCCUGCGAAAAAGACACUAUUGGAGACUAGAUAGUAAAUGCAUCACCCUAUUUCAGAAUGAUACAGGAAGCAAGUAUUACAAGGAAAUUCCACUAUCUGAAAUUUUAUCUCUGGAACCCGGAAAAAACUUUAACUUAUUACCUUGUGGAGCCAAUCCUCACUGUUUUGAAAUUACCACUGCAAGUAUGGUGUAUUUUGUUGGUGAAAACCUGACCAAUCAUUUGAGUUCACCUGAACACAGCAGUGUGUUGACAGGUGGCACUGGGGUAGAUGUUGCCCAGAUGUGGGAGUUGGCCAUCCAACAUGCCUUGAUGCCAGUCAUUCCAAAAGGUUCAUCUUCAGGAUCCGUGCACAGUCUACAUAGAGAUGUAUCCAUCAGCAUUUCAGUGUCAAACUGCCAGAUCCAGGAGAAUGUGGAUAUCAGCACAGUGUACCAAAUAUUUCCAGAUGAAGUACUGGGAUCUGGUCAGUUUGGAAUCGUUUAUGGAGGCAAACAUCGCAAGACAGGGAGAGAUGUAGCAAUCAAAGUAAUUGAUAAGCUAAGAUUUCCAACAAAGCAAGAGAGUCAGCUUCGGAAUGAAGUUGCCAUUUUACAGAAUCUGCAUCACCCUGGCGUGGUGAAUUUGGAAUGCAUGUUUGAGACUCCCGAAAGAGUGUUUGUUGUCAUGGAAAAGCUCCAUGGAGACAUGCUAGAAGUGAUCCUGUCAAGCGAGAAAGGACGUCUGCCAGAACGUAUAACAAAGUUUCUUAUUACGCAGAUACUUGUUGCUUUGCGACAUCUUCAUUUUAAGAAUAUAGUUCACUGUGAUCUGAAGCCUGAGAAUGUGCUGCUUGCAUCAGCCGAUCCCUUACCACAGGUCAAACUUUGUGACUUUGGAUUUGCACGUAUAAUUGGAGAGAAAUCUUUCAGACGUUCUGUGGUGGGAACACCAGCAUACUUGGCUCCAGAAGUACUUCGAAACAAAGGUUAUAAUCGAUCGUUAGAUAUGUGGUCUGUAGGAGUCAUCGUCUAUGUCAGUCUCAGUGGCACCUUUCCCUUUAAUGAGGAUGAAGACAUUCAUGAUCAAAUCCAGAAUGCUGCUUUCAUGUAUCCGCCUAAUCCCUGGAAGGAGAUUUCCCUUGAAGCUAUUGAUGUCAUCAAUAAUCUGCUGCAAGUGAAAAUGAGGAAACGUUUUAGUGUGGACAAGUCUCUCAGCCACCCCUGGUUGCAGGACUACCAAACAUGGUUGGAUCUACGAGAGCUUGAGUGCAAAUUUGGAGAACGCUAUAUCACACAUGAGAGUGAUGAUUCCCGUUGGCAACAGUUUGCUGGAGAGCAUGGUUUGGAAUAUCCAAUGCACCUAGUCAAUCAUAAAACUGAUUGUACUGAGAACACUGAGGUAGAGGAGGCAGAAAUGAAGGCUCUGAGUGAACGUGUCAGCAUUCUUUGAAACAAAAUCGGAAUCAAGUAUUAUAGCAAGUGUAUCAGCAAGUGAAAAGAACUUAUGUCAGGUAACUGCAACUUCUACUCCAACCACAAUGAGGAGGGAAUGCUUGCUAAUUUCUACUGGUGAAUGUAAACUUGCAAUGCAGCUGCUGUUCUAAUAGCUUCAUCCCCUGUUCAAUAAUGAAAUUGUAAUGUACUGAGACUUUCAACUUUGACAAGUUCACUUAUUGCAUUCAAGCAACAUUGUGUGUAUAUUUUUGUGUGUGGGCGACUAUGUUCUUGUACACCCUGUGCUAAUAGCAAGCACUAAAUCAAAAACCUUUAAGUGAAUAGAUUGUAUUUUUCUCAUUCCGUAAACAGUUUCCAGUGUGCCUUUCCAUUUACUGAUAAUGCAGCCUGAAUUGGGGAUAAGAACUAACUUGUAAAUUUUGCUUUAUAAAAUGUUUUUAACCUCUUUCAGUAUUUAGCUACAUAACAA